GGUAAUUUUUAGCCGAACCUAGGGUUUGAAAACGAGAAGAAAACUCGAAGAUGAGGAUGUAAAAAAAAAAACAAAAAAAACAAACAAUAAACAAAUCAGUCGACUACUCUCUCUCCGUACAUCAAUAAUUCUGUAUUUUUUACUUCAGGAUUUGUCAACUUUUACCAAUGGCUUUGUUUAUAUGAGACAAAAUAAAGACCGAGAUCUUUGAAUUUGUCACCUUUGAAGUUUCGAGUGUGAAUCAGGGGAUUGGGAUUGAUCCAGUGGGUAGAAAUGGAAGCAAAGUUUGCAAGGGUAUUGGAUAGUGGUCAACAUGCUGUUGUUGACUUGAAGAGAAAGCGAGCGACCAGUGGGACCUGUUUUAAGGGGGAUACUGAUGUGGUGUUUCCUCUACGAUCUACUGCCAGUUCUUUCAUCCACAAGCUUGGCAAACGGAGGAAAUUGAAUGAAUCUAAAAGCAAUCAUGGUUUUUGUUCCAUAUUCUCUGGGAAAUCUUUGCUUAAAUAUUAUUCGAACUUCAAGAAAAGUGGGCUUCCACACCGUUUAAUGUAUUAUUACCAUGGUGAAUGGAAUGAUUUUCCCCAGUAUAUUGUUAAAUCGGUUCAGAAAGGCCUUAUCGCGAAGAAGACUGCUGUGGAGGUGGAUAUUAAUGGUAAUGUUGUUUUACUGGACUUCCUCCAUAUGAUGCAGUUGGACUUGAAUACUGGUGUGCAUCAACCUAUUGCAUGGAUUGAUGAGAGUGGAAACUGUUUUUUCCCUGAAAUCUUUGCUGAUUAUGACAAAGCUCAAGGGUCCCAGUAUGAAUUUGAUGAUGGUCACUCUGAGCACCAGGGACCUGAAAAUAUCAAGUUACAUCUUGAGAUUGAAAUAAAUGGAUCAGAUGCUUUUAAGUUGAAGGAAUCUGUUGGGGAGUCAAAUGUUAAGCAAAUACAAGUUCAAGAGAAUCCUGCUGAAAAAGAUUGUGAUGAAGUUAAUAAUAGUUGUACCAGGGUCUUAGCUGUGGAAGUUGAUGAGAAAUCUGAAGAAAAUAAAGAGAUGGAAGGAAAAAUGGUCAUGAUGGAUGAUCACAUACAAGGUUUUCUGGAUGUUGAUACUGUAAAGAAGAUAUUUUUCAUAGGUAUUGGCUCAUCUGCCCGUGCAGAAGUGGUUGAAGUGCAUCGUGGUUCAAGUACUACAAUGGAAGCUCGGUUAGAGCUUUUCCAGAAACAGGUUGAAAUUACUAAAAAGUACCGUGGGGAUGCAAAUGUCCAGUAUGCUUGGCUUCCUUGUUCUAAAGGAACGGUCUCGGGUAUAAUGAAGUAUGGGGUUGGCCAUUAUGAGCUGUCUAAAAUUAAACGAACGUACGGGGUUGGGAUUUAUCUUAUCCCCACUGAUUGUGCAGAGAUCAGUGCAAGUUACUUUGAUGUUGACGAAAAUGAUACAAGACACGUGGUAUUCUGUCGUGUAAUAAUGGGAAACAUGGAGCUUGUUCGUUCUGGAAGAAAACAGUUCCAUCCCAGCAGCGAGGACUUUGAUAGUGGAGUUGACAAUCUUCAAAAUCCCAAGUGGUAUAUAGUUUGGAACACAAAUAUGAAUUCUCACAUCUACCCAGAAUACGUUGUUAGUUUCAAGAUGGCUUCUGAUGUUGAAGGACGUAGGGUUGAAACCGAGAGCAGGGUUGAUGUUUCAGGGGUCAGUACUUGUUAUGAAAAACCUCAAGCCCAGCUACAUUUGGGUUCCCCUUCGACAGAAUUGGGAAGUGAAUGUCAUCAUGUCUCAGCUGAAAGGUUUUUGAAGGAUGCUAUUGUUCCAAAUCCGAGUUCAUCAAGGGUUCCCAAGAGCCCUUGGAUGCCAUUCUCAAUGUUGUUUGCUGCCAUCUCACAUGAAGUUCCUUCUAAAAAUAUGGAUCUUGUAAAUGCCAACUACGAGUUAUUCAAGAAUAAGAAGAUAAAUCGGGAUGAUUUUGUUAAGAAGUUGAGGUUGAUCGUUGGAGAUGCCUUGUUGCGGUCUGCAAUAACUAACCUUCAGUGCAAGAAACAGAGAAAUGGCGGCAUCUAAGUAAAAGGAAGGAAAUUUAGGCAGCCUUUGAAUGACGAUAAAACAACGAAGCGUUCUGUGUAUAUCAACUGUUUUGAUUGUUGUUGCAGAAUGUGUAAAACUUGAAGUUGCAGUGAGGGUUGAAUAGUUUAGUUCUUUCAACUUGGAACUCUUUCAAGUGUUUUGCUUGCUUUUGUUCAGUCGGAUGUAAAAUGGAUGCUAAAAAACGAAACUUAGUUUGCGACAGUUUCUGUCUUCAGAGUUACUAACUUGUCAUCUCUCUCCAUUCCAUCUCCCCCCAGGGUGGCUGAAGAUCAAGUGCUUUA